AGGUAGCUGCGUCACAACGUCAGGUCCAUACAGAGAUCCAGUCCGCGAGGCGUAGAAAGGGUGGCCUUGCAGUGUGUGUGGCUAUUCAAUACACAUUUUUGUAGUUUGCACACACCCCAUUGAAACGAAAAGCCUAUCAGGACAGUAUUCUAAAUUAAUUGUGUAUCCCCAAGGAGAAGGCGAUCACAACGGUCUUUGGCAUAUCUACUACAAGACAUGCAUCCAGCGACUGCUAAGUGGUAUGACAGGCGGGACUCCGUCUACAUCGAGUUCUGCGUAGCGGACAGCAAGGAUGUCAAGAUCAAUUUCGAGAAAGCAAAGUUUGCUUUCAGUUGUCUUGGAGGAACUGACCAAGUCAAACACGAGAAUGAAGUAGACCUUUUCGAAGCCAUUGAUGAAAAUGAAUCCAUACACAAACGCACAGAUCGGUCAGUGUUGUGCUGUUUACGAAAAGCAGAACCUGGGAAGCCGUGGCCGAGGCUAACAAAAGAGAAGGCUAAGCUAACUUGGCUCAGCGUUGACUUUAACAACUGGAAAGACUGGGAGGACGAUUCGGACGAGGAGCUAGGCAACUUCGAUCGUUUCUCAGAGGUAGGAGACGGGGAUAUGGCGUUCAACACACAAGAAGCAAUGGCUAAAAUGAUGAACAACAUGGGAGGGGAAGAUGACCUACCUGAUCUAGAUGGUGCUGAUGAUGAUGAGUCUGCAGAUAGUGACGAUGAAAAAAUGCCUGAUUUGGAAUGAAAAACCUCAAUCCUGGAAAGAGGGAUGGAAGAAAGGAAGGAGGAAUCAUAAACUAUCUUGAAAUUGAAGGCAGUGAAAAAAAACUUCUACAGAAAUGAGUCGGUAGCCAUGUUUAAAUCCAUAGCCUCUGCUCCAGAGCUAAUUUCUAAUCAAUCCACUUAAGGUUGAUAUGCAUAGUGUUGUAUAGAGUAGCAGUCUCCACUUCUAUUUGCAGUGCUGCACUCUUGGCGUAUCCUGUUUUACUAUUAAUUAUUAGAGUAAGCAUUCAUGAUUUGUUUCGAAAGUACUGUAUAGUCAUCCUCAACCUAGAAAGCAAUAUAUGUGGUGAAGAGAUUGUCAAGUGUAAUGAAAUGAAAAGUAAUUAAACAUCUGUUUUAUCCCCCCCCCCUCCAAGGUUCUGUGUGUUAAGUUAGUUGAUCAGUGUAGUUUCUUAAAAUAAUGGGGGGGAGAACUUGAUUUUGAAGACCAUAGCUACAUCCCUCAACAGUUUACAUUUUCUGUUUGGUACCCUCUUGUGAGCCUCCCCUGUGGUAUACAGAUAGUGAUCAGAGAAACAGUUCCAUGUUUCUCUGUCUUCCUCACCUGUUAAAUCGCAAACAGUUUAUCAAUGUUAUGUUCAAAAGCUUUUGAAUGUUCUCGAAUUCUUACAGGCAUCUGUCUUGACGUGUUGCUCCCCACGAUCAAUUUCUUUAUUUUACUAAUCCUGUAUUACUAUUUGCGAUCUAACAGCAGUUGAGUUAUUCAUCACACAUUUACACAUGAGGCGACACAGGAGUAGAACUUACCCAUUCCUAUCUGUUUAGGCCUCUGAAAACAUCUGGAUUUGUCUUUUACUCUCAAGAAUAUUCCAUCUGUUUAGAGUUAUGGCAGUUAAUACUCCUGGGCCUCCUGUGGUGAGGGGGUUGUUGAUAUGAGAUGGUAAACAUGUAUGAUGACCUAAUUAUAUUUGCACUGUCAAGAAAAUGGAAGUCAGCUGAGACAAAUAUAAACUUAGUUAUUGGUGUGUGUAAGUCAACCUGUCAGGUUAUCACAGGCUGAAGAAUUUAAAUUGAUGUUGAAUUGCAGUGAAUUUUUUUAAAAAUUGUCUACAUAUUUCUAAUAAACUGUCUAAGACUCAUA